AUGUAUAACCUUUAUGCGGAUUACAUGAAGUAUGUGGAACGUAACGACGCCGAACCUGCCGCUCCUGCGGUUUCAAAAUUCUCCAACGAAGUUUUCAAUCCUACAAACCCUGUUGAAUUACCUGUGAAUGGUUUCGGAAGUGGACAUCGUCUACGAGUCGUCCUGAAAACAUUGGACAAACGUGACAUGCAGUUCUGGGUCAAUCUCAAGGACGGAGAUGACAUUCUGCUCCACUUUAAUCCACGACUAAAGGAUGAAGUCAUCGUUUUCAACGUGUUCACCGACGGGGAAUGGCAGCAUGAGGAACGGCCAUCGAUAGUGUUUCCUUUUCAAAGGGAUCAGAUUUAUACUAUUGAACUUGUCGCCACCACAGAUAACUCUGCUCUCAUUUACGUGAACGGUCGUUUCCUCUACGAAUUCCGUCAGCGUGAAUCCGGUCAACGUGCUUCUUCGGUUGAAGUCGAUGGAGAUGUCUUUAUUCAUUCCGUGCAUGUGACGUAA